CAUCAAAUCGCCCUCCAAGCCGGGCACACCCACCCUCGCUUCUCGGCCAACAUCAAGCAAAGUGCGACGACCCGGCUCCCUCCAACACAGCCGCUCUGUGAUAUCCUCCAAGCUCGCAGACACCAUUCUUGGUGGCACGUCGUACUCCUCCGUGGCCUCGGGCAACCCACCGUUCACUGCGAGCAAUCUGUCCGUCAGCAAUAUUGGAAGCAAGCCUGUACUGCCCGACAUCUCGAUCAGCAACCUCGCCGGGGGAGAUUCUGGGCAGUCAAGCACCCGCAGAACGCCUGCGACCCCACCAAAGCAAGUUCGGCUUCCAGGAGCGGGAGGCAUGGUCGUCAUUCACACGGGAGAUCCGCGCGGCUUUCCACGGAGGAAGUUUGAGCUUUCGCCCGAGCAAGUUACAGAGAUCCGGGAAGCGUUCUCACUCUUCGACAGCGACGGCAGCGGGUCAAUUAGCGUCAAGGAGUGGCGCAUUGCCAUGAAGGCAUUGGGCUUUGAGCCCACGCGGGAAGAGAUGAAGCGCAUCAUGAAGGAGGUUGACUCGGAUGGGAGUGGAACCAUCGAGUACAAAGAGUUCCUGGAGCUGAUCGAGCGACGGAUGGCAGAGAAGAGCUCGAGAAUGGAGAUGACCGAGGUCUUUGGCCUGUUCGAUGGACUGCGGGAGGGCAAGCUGAGCAUCCAUUCCCUGCGCCAGACGGUGGCAAGACUGGGAGAGGACUUUCUGGACUCGGAGUUGAAGGAGAUGAUUGACGAGGCAGACCGAGACGCCGACGGCGAAGUUACAGUGGACGACUUUAUCCGCAUCAUGAAAAAGACGAACAUAUGGUGAUAAAGUGGGAACAAAGAAUGUCCGCACAACCCCGAGCAUCAAAGUGCCUGUCGGUGGUCCCAUAAUGGCUUGAAAUCCGGCAGGCUUCCACCACGGAGAUUCUAUGUAAUAAUAGCGUUAUGACAAC